AUGGACUUCUAUGGAAUUUCCCGAGACUCCAUGAGAGCAGAAGCUUAUAAAAAGCUUGCCAAACUCUCGGUGGAAAACAUUCCUGCCAACCUUAAUGAAGUGGUGAGCGACCAACAAGAAGACACCUUUAUUCAAUUGGUUGAUCAAACUUCCAAAAAAAUUGGGGAUUUGUCGAAAGUUCCAAUCACGGCAAAGGAAUUCGAUAUCUUGACGGCGCUAUGUGAUUCUACAUCUUGUGAUAUGAAAUUUCCAAGACAAGCUGAAUUAUUAUUAGAGCAGAUCAAGUUGUAUUUGAUGGAGUUGCCUGAGCAGCAAUUUGAAGAGGCCCUCUUGAGAAAAUACGUCAGACCGAGUCCUUGGUCGUUGUUAAGUGAAAAGUUGACAACUGCAGCCAUCAAUUUGGCGUUCAAAUUCAAUGGACUGUAUUUUGACCAAGUCAUUGACCUCUUCUACACAUUUAAUGCCCAGUUCUUCAGCAACAAAAACUUGGACCAUUCCAACUACCUCACGUUAUUGGGAUUUCUUGAAAGUUUCACCAAAAACCCGAAGAUAUUGUUCGAGUCUUCCAGUUCAUUCAAAAUCUUCCAUACUUUGGACACUUGUAUUGACAACUUUGAGUUUUUGAACGAACUUGAAAACUUUUCCAACUCAAUCUUUAGGAACAAUAACCAUGAAUUGGCCUACUUUUUAGAGACCGACGAUAUCGUCGAGUUUUCGCCGGUCUACUUCAUUGAAAGCUUGAGCAAAUUGAUGUGCUCGAUCAUUAAUUCAAUUCUUAAUAACCAGGACAAGACAUUAAUUGAGUUCUUAUUGGCCAAAGUCUCCAAACAGGUUGAUAAUGAAGCAUCCGAUACGAGAAUUGGUGAUCAAGGCUUGGACGUCAAAGAGAAUCACAUGCAGAUCAUCAAAACUUUGACCGAUUUGGCAUUGCAAAAAAUGGAAUUCUUAGAUAGAGGUGAAUCUUUUAUUGUUUACUCUACUUUUAACAGAUUGAAAGUCGGGUAUUUAGCCAAAUCCCAUAUCUUACAGGUUAUUGGGUGUGGAAUGUUUACCGACAACAUGGACUUGGCUAUUUGCAGAAAGUUAUUCAAAAACUGCUUGUCGAUUUAUGAUGUCAUGUUAGAUCCAGAUUUAGGGGCAACUGUGAUCCAAUUGGGUUCUUUGUUGGUAUUCAAGGAUGAGACAAUCGGCUCUUCCUUGACAAGAGCUUUCACUGCUUUGGUCGCAAACCCCAAAUUCAGCUUCAGUUACUGUGAGAAUGCCUCCAAAAUCGUUGGUCUUGCUAGUAAAGUGUUGUCCCAAGACGCAGUGGUCACUACAAUUUAUGCGUUGACAAACCUCUUAUUCGUUAACGACAAUGGAAACACCCAAAACAGAGGGACUUUGAGAAGAAACACUCUUAGCAGAGGUGAUAUUUCUUCUUUAAGAGAUUUGUCGAUUUCGAAUAACGGACGUGCUCCCUCCAUUCGUUCUGGAUUCGAAAAUCCUCAAGUGAGCCAAAACGGACAUAACCACAGUAACUUAAGCAAUGGCAAGUCAAACUCAGCUCAUGAUUAUGAAGAAAACGAGUAUGUCCACGUUUGUUCAAAUUCUGUAACUGCCAUUACUCACAUUGUUGAAAAAUGCAAUGACGAAAGUGUCAGUACUUUGGCAGUGACCAUCUUGUCACAAAAAACUGCCAGGUUAGAUUCAACUGUUGGCCCCAUCUUAUUGAAAGGAUUGGUCGCUUCUGCUCCUUGUUUACCAGAACGUGAGUUCAUUAUUUUGAACAAGUUAAUCAACAAGUUGACAUUGGAUGCAUUUAAUAGUGGCAAUCAAAUCUUAUUAGGCAAUUUGAUUGAUGCCAGAGUCGAAUUUUCUAGCAGAAUUCAUCAGGAUCAUCCUCUCUUUACAAUUUACUUGCAAGAGGUUUUACAAUCCAUUGUCGGUAGAGGAGAUGUUCAGGUUUUGGAGCAUCACAGAUCUCAUAAUGAAAUCAGCGAGAUUGGUGAUCAAAUUGCAAUUUUCUUGAGACCCUUGGCAGAGUUGUUACCAAACGUGUACGCUGACGAGAAACCACUUGCUAUAAGAGAUACCAAGACCAUUAAUUUAUUCAGAAAUAUCUGGUUUAAUAUGGUUGUCCAUGGAUAUUCUCUUGAAUCCAAGAACGUGAAGCAACAUGCCCAAGUUCUUGAGAGAAUUGCCUACAAUACACCACCUUUAGCUUCUGAACUUUCGUGGGACAGAACCGAAACUUCCUUGGAUUUGAAUACAGUUUUGAGAAGAGGCUCUUCUAACCAUAAUGUUAAAGACCACCGUACAUCUUUGGGAGAGUUAUUCGAUGUUCCGAGAACUAUGUCAUAUCCAAAGUUGAUGUUCUUGUCGGCGACAUUAUUGGUAGAAUCAUUUAGAGUGAGAACGGGUGACUGUUCGAAGGUUUUGUAUUAUUUUUCGGACCCUUCAAUCAAAAUAAGUGGUGUGGACAAGUACAUUGGAUAUAUUGCGUUCAAAAUUGUGAAGGACUUUAUUCAUUUUGUUAACUUGGGAGCCAACAAAAACUUUAGCUCUGACAAUAUUGCUGAACAGUUGACCAUUAUGUUGGCUUUAUGCUGUCAUAGGCUCGAAGACCUACAAGAUGCAGCCAUCCAAUGUUGUGAUCUCUUAAUCAACAAGAUUCCAUCAUCUUUAUGCCAUCAAAAGUCGUUGUUUGCAAUCUUUGACUUGUUGAGUUUAUUGUUUGAGAGUGUCGUUGAUGCUGAUCAAAACCAAUAUGAACCAACUAUCAGCUACAGAGCUAAGAGAACUGGCAUCCACUUAUUGUUGUCCGAUACUUACAAGUGGAGAAAUGAUACUUUCCGAAGAUUCAGUGAAAAGUGUAGACACUGGCUCAAAUUAGUUUUGAUCAAGAGUAACAUUGAUGUCAAGAGCUUGAUACAGUUAUAUGUUUCAGAUUUGGACAAGUUUCAUCCUUCUAAUGAAGUCCAAUACGGGGUUUCAUUUGCUUUAGAAAUGGCUGGUUCAGUGUUGCCUAAUGACAGAGAAUUAUCUAACAUUUCUAGAAUUCACUCAAAGAACUUGAACUCAUUACCCAGCUUUGUUUCCCAGUUGACUUGGAGAUCCAACUUCAUCUCUGCAUUGUUGAACAAAGUUCCUUUGCGUACCAGAGAAGACACUGAUCACGCUUUCAGUGGAAUUAGAGGAAAGGUUAUAGACAUGAGAUACAAAUUAGCGGAUAAGUCCAUUCAUGUUAUUCCGGAGGAAGUUAUCGACUUGUUGAGUGAUAUAGCUGGAUUAGCAUUGAUUUGCGAUCAUGAUACGGCUGAAUUGAUCAGAUACUUAGUUGAGAUUCCAUUCAUAAUUUUUGAGUCUAACAUCAUGAAUGCUGCCAUUGGAAUCUGGUUUGCGGUUAUGAAGGAUAAGUCUAACAUUUCGGUGUUAUUGAUCUCUGAAAUUGCCAAAAAAUGGGAAUCAAGUAUAGCCUUGAAGCAAGGUAUUUUCUCCACCAAGAACGAUUUGACUCCAACCGAGUUCUGCAAAAUGGAAUAUGCCCCUUCAGAUUAUAAAACAAUCAGUAGAAAGGCUCAGGUUACUCUCAAAGGAUUUGAACCACACUUGCAAAUUAUUCAAUUGUUUUCGUCAAGCUUUGAGGCUAGUUUGAACCAGAGUGAUCAUUUAUUGAAGAUUUUCACCAGGUUUGUUGAAGUUGGUAUGAAGAAUUUAGAUAGUGCUAGUCUCCAUCCCUAUGCCAGAUAUACCAGGUUUGAAUUGAUUAGAUUUGCAUUCAAUAUUAUCAGCUACCACCACAAGUUAGCUACUAGAAGUGAAAGAUACUUAACCGAAUUGCUUUUGGACGGAUGCUUGAGUUGGUUCAAACUGACUGCUAAGUAUCCUUUUGGAACCAACUUGCUCAAGACCAAGAGUGAUUUGGGAUUGUUGAAAGAUGUUGCAAAAUUAACAUCAAAUCUCAACACCUUCAGCCAAGAAAUCUUAGAAAGUAAGAAGCUUAUUGUCAUGUUUUUCCUUGAUGAUGAAAUAUCCCGGAUAUCUGUGUGGUUGAAUCCUUUAAAUCCAGAGGAAACCAAAGGAUCUUUUAUUUCAAAUCAAAUUAAUGGUAAUGAUAUUACAAGAGCUUUCAAAAUUGACCCAAUUUUAGCAGUCAAUUUAGCUUUAAGGUACAAGGUUAAGAACUUGGAUGAGCUUUUACAGAAGUUGUUGAUAGAGGAUCCUUUACCAGCACUUCCAUACCCAAGUGCUGUACAGUACUUGAUUGGUAUCAAUGCUGGUACAAACUUCCCGUCACACCACUUGUUGUUCUGGGAACCAUUAUCUCCAAUUGAUGCAAUCCAAUUGUUCUUACCUCCUUUCGGUAACAAUCCUUAUAUUUUGCAAUACACUAUGAGAUCCUUGGAACACCAUGACGUGAACUUGACCUUCUUCUACGUCCCUCAAAUCGUUCAGUCCUUGAGAUACGAUGCCAAAGGAUAUGCUGAAUGGUUUAUUGUGGAAACUGCUAAGGUGUCUCAGUUGUUUGCUCAUCAGAUCUUUUGGAAUAUGUUAGCUAACAGCUAUAAAGAUGAUGAAGGUACUAUCCCAGACCCAUUAAAGCCAACCUUAGAUAGAGUCCAAAGCAAGAUCAUGAAGAACUUGAGUGAAGAUGACGUUCAGUUUUACAAGAGAGAGUUUGGAUUCUUUAACGAGGUCACUGAUAUAUCUGGUAAAUUGAAACCUUUUAUCAAGAAUUCGAAGGCGGAAAAGAAGGCUAAGAUUGACGAAGAGAUGGACAGAAUUGUUCUUGCUCCGGGAGUAUACUUACCAAGUAAUCCCGAUGGAGUGGUGAUCGAUAUUAACAGAAAGUCUGGUAAACCAUUACAGAGUCACGCCAAGGCACCAUUUAUGGCCACUUUCAAAAUUAGAAAAGAAGUGGAAGAUAUCGAUGAAUACGGCGAAAAGGUCCUCAUUCCAAUCGAAAAGUGGCAGAGUGCUAUUUUCAAAGUUGGUGAUGACUGUAGACAAGAUGUAUUGGCCUUACAGUUGAUUUCUGUGUUCAGAAGUAUAUGGAAUGAUGCUGGUUUGGACUUGUAUGUGUACCCCAACCGAGUUACUGCCACCGCUCCUGGAUGUGGAGUUAUCGACGUGUUACCCAAUUCCACAUCUAGAGACAUGUUGGGUAGGGAAGCUGUCAACGGUUUGUACGAAUACUUUAUUACCAAAUUCGGGCCUGAAAAUUCCAUUGAGUUCCAACAAGCUAGAAAUAACUUGAUCAGGUCUUUGGCGGCCUAUUCGAUCAUUUCUUACAUCUUACAGUUUAAGGACCGUCACAACGGUAACAUCAUGUAUGACGACCAAGGACACGUACUUCACAUUGAUUUCGGGUUCUGUUUUGAUAUUGUGCCUGGAGGUGUUAAGUUUGAAGUUGCACCAUUCAAGUUGACCCACGAAAUGGUGAUGGUUUUGGGAGGUAGUGAUGAGACACAAGCGUUCAAAUGGUUCGAGGAGUUGUGUGUCAAGGGAUAUUUGGCCUGUAGACCUUAUAUGGAAACUAUCAUCAGGUGUGUCAACCCUAUGUUGGAAAGUGGAUUACCUUGUUUCAAAGAAGCUACAGUUAAAAAGUUGAGACAGAGAUUUGUACCAAACAAGUCAGAGAAAGAUGCGGUUCACCACAUGAGAGGAUUGAUCAAAAAGGCCAUGGAAAGUUACUAUACCAAAGGAUAUGACGAGUUCCAAAGAUUGACCAAUGGUAUUCCUUAUUGA